UAAGUUUCGGAAUUUAAUCAACAAAUCACAUUGAGCGACUUCCUGGUCACUAAGUCUAACUGAGCUCCGAAUCACUGGACUCACUGAUUAACAGUGAUUGUGAGUUUCAGUUGGGCAUUAGACUGUUCUACACACUGCCAUAGCUCUCGGAACUGAAUAAAGAAUAGGUCUAGAUCUAUUUAAAUAUGUUGAGAAGUGCAUUAUCAUUGGCUUUGGCACUUAAGCAGCCUACAUUCUCCAAGUCCAGAUCUAUUUUGGUAAACAUUUCAAAAGCUCAAGUGGUCACAGCAUGUGUGAAGAAUGCUAGCAAUCAAUCUUCAGGACGCCCUUUCCAGAUAGCUAGUUUAGAUCACCUAGUACUGACUGUCAGAGACUUGGAUAAAACUGUCGAUUUUUACACCAAGGUUUUGGGAAUGGAGGUCACAACAUUUAAGGGUGGGCGAAAAGCAUUAAAUUACGGAGUUCAAAAAAUUAACCUUCACGAGUAUGGCAAGGAAUUUGAACCCAAAUCUCAUAUACCAACCCCUGGAUCAGCUGAUCUUUGUUUCCUGACCACCAGUGUAUUAGAUGAUGUAUUAGAACAUCUACAGAGGUUAAACAUUAGUAUAGUGGAAGGUCCUGUUGAAAGAACUGGCGCUGUUGGCAGCAUACGUUCUAUUUACAUUAGAGAUCCUGAUGGAAACCUGAUAGAAAUAUCCAACUACAUAAAUAGAGUGGACAGACUCUGAGGAAUCAAGUUAUACAGAGCUUGACACUUAUCAAACUGAACACUUCAUGCAAGUUAACAAAACAUCAUGCAAGAAAUCAAAACAUCAUACAAGAAAUCAAAACAUCAUGCAAGCAAACAAAAUACAUCAUGCAUUAUACCUCCUGCAUACAAUCUAAACACAAAUACACAUCACUCAAUCUAACAAAACACAUCAUUCAAACUCAACACAUUCAGACAUUCAAUAAUCGGUUCUGUUUUUUGUGAUAUUUUAUUAAAGGGAAACUCCGAUAGUUUUUCAAAUUUUAGUUAUUGACAUAUUUAAAUUCUGCGUAAAAAGUUGUAAUAGUAAACAUUAUAUCAUUUUUUAUUUAAAUGCUCGGAAAAUUUUAUAUUUAAUAAAUUAGACAGAAAAUUCUCCACGCCCCCAAAAAAACGGGAUUCUGCGAGAUGUUUUUAGUUUUUAAAAACGUGACGUCACGAAGGUGCUGGCUAAAUAUAGAUCUAGACCUAUAUAACCGAUAAACUCUCUUCUCUAGUCUAGAUCUAGACCUAUCGGAUCGCAUUUAUUGUUACGCUUCACAGCUAGAUCUAGUCUCCACGUUGAUUUAUAAUCGGUCAUUGUUUAUAAACCUCUAUUUCUACUUGAAGAAAAUUAAAUAUUGUUCUUCAGCUUGUUGCAGUAGUUCCAAUCACAAAGAUAAAAUCAGCAAGUAUGCUGAUACAGAAAUUAGUGUCUCUUUUCAUUUGUUUCCAAGAGAUGAAGUUUUAAAGGGAAAAUGGGGAAAACUUAUUCGCCUGAAGAGCAAAUAUUUUACAAAGGCAUUAGCUAAUUCCUGUUUAUGCUCAAACCAUUUUGAGAGAAGCUGUUUCAGCAACUUCACUGCUGUGGAAAUGGGAUUUUAAAAAAAAAUUGAAGUUAAUACCAGGUGCAGUACCAACAAUACAUUGGAUUUCCAGGCCAAAGAAUUCAAUUAAUGAUACUACUGAGACAUUUUAAACAACUGAAGUUCAUAAAUAUAAAUGAAAUCAGAUUUGUGAGCUAGAAAUUUACUACGAAUACUAGAUCUACUAUUAAAUUUCUUAUUUAAUAAGUAGAUCUAUCGUCUACGAAACUCAAUUCCAACUUUUUAACUUUUGACCUUGGGGGUGUGUCUCGCCGGCUGAGCCAGCGUCAAGCUCUCUCAUCACUUUUUCCAUGUCAACCAAUGUUAGGUCGAAACAGCACAAAAAAAUCAUAAUUUUCUUACGGUCAAACAUACAGUCAUAAUUAAUACACCAUUAGAAAUUUCUUUUAAAGUAUUUUAAUGAUGUAAUAACGAAAAUUUUUUUUUUAUCAAAGAUAAUUUCUUUUUCGCCUCCCUAUCAAUGAGUAUCAAUAGGAUUUGAGUGCACCGUCGUGACGUCACACAGAAAUUCAGUGAAAAUCUGACUGUUUUGGAUGCGCAGAAAAAUUAUGUCACAAAAACAUCAAUUACUAAGUUAUUCUUGCAAAUAAAAAAAAAAGAAUAAUAUAUUCAUUAUCUAUAAAUCAAAACACAUAUUAUAUCAAAAAUUGUCAAAACCAUCGGAGUUACCCUUUAACCAUUUUUUUUUAUACAACUUGAAUUAAAUGGGCAAUGUGCUUGAUAGAUGAUAAUAUAGUUAAUUGUUAGAUCAUUUGAAUAUUUUAAACAAAACAAAUGUAUUCAGUUAUUAGAGAAGUUAUUACGGAGAAAGAGCUCACAGUUACAAACUAAUGGCACAUCCCAAAUCAAUCUCAUUGUUAGGACAAUGUUAUGAACAUAAACUGUAUGAAGCUUGAUAGAACAUUCAGGCAGCUAAAACUAACUUUUGGUAAUUUGUAUACAACACUAAGCUUUUAUUGUUUUCUUUAUAAAUCACUGUGAGUCAUUUGAGAUGUAAUGUUACUCACAAUUAGUUGCAAUUAGUAUAUUAUAUAUGUUUAAGAAUGACUGAUCUCACAUUUUUUUGAACAUAUGUUCUUUCAUUCCCAUCAUCCUCUUGUUUGAAUUAUUCAAAUUUGAGUUAAAUUAAAAUAUAACUUCUUUAAUCCAUGUUAAGAAAACAAUUAUAUAUUAUGUCAUCAGAUUUUGUAUUUAUUCGGAUCUGAGGAGCAGCAAGCCUUCUGUUAACUUGUAUUAAUUGAUAAUUAGCUGUAACAAAUUAUGUAGUCAAUAACUUUUGACCAAGUAAGCAGCUACUGGAAUGAUACUAAAGUGCAGUCUGUCAAUCUUUCUCUCAUACUAACCUGCUGUUAUUUCUUAGACAAGGUGUAUUGGGAUACUGCUAGUAUUUCUUAGACAAGGUGUAUGGGGAUACUGCUAGUAUUUUUUAGACAAGGCUUAUGGGGAUAUCGCUGUUUGUAGUUUUGAUGGUUAAAUGCUUUAAAUAGUCUAUGUUCAAACCAAUGUCAGUGUAUAUUAUUGUUUCAAAUAUCAUAUAAAUUGGUUGCACAAAUCUGCGAUGCAUGUUAUGUGAUUUUUUUUUCUUGAACUGCAAAACAUUUUUGUAAAGAUUUCAGAUUUUAUUUAUAUUUUUGUAUUGAUGUUAAUAUUAAUAAUAAAUGAUCAAGAAAAAG